AUGUGUAAAAUUUGUGAAUGUCUAAGGAGAUUCUUGUAAAAUUAAAUGAUAAUUUAAAUGCUGCAAGCUUUAAAUAUUUUUUGAAAAGUUUGAAAGAAAUAUAUAAAACUCACAUAAUUCAACAAUAUCCUAAAGAAUUGAAAGACAUUUUAUAUGCAAUUAAUUUUGACUCAGAUAUUCAGCAUAUUGAAAUUGAAAGUAUCAAAAAAUUUAUAAACACAGGAGGAACAUUCAUAUGCUUUAUAAAUGGGCAAAAUAAUUAUAAAGAAAACAAUCUGACUAAAUUAAUUAAUUAUUUUGGUAUAAAUUUAAAAAAUAGUGAAGACAAUUAUGAAAAUGUAAUAUCAUUGGUUGCAAAUAAAAAUCUGCAUCCUAGAGAAGCAGUGAUUCAUUAUAAUAAAAACAUUGAUAGAUGUUUCAACGAAUCAAACCCUGACAUAGAAAAUAGUGAACCAGAUGAAAUACAUUUUUCCUUCAUUUAUCCAUAUGGUGUCACACUGACCAUCGACGACUCGAGGGCUUAUGCAAUUCUUGGCACUGGAAAAUUUUGCUUCCCUACCGAUUCUUGUAUUUGCGCCUUGCAUAUCGACAAAGAAAGUGGAGGCAAAUUCUGUGUUAUAGGCUCCUGGCACGUAUUUUCCGAUGAGUACAUCAAAGAAUUCCAAAAUGAAAUUUUAAAAACCAAAUUAUUCGAAUUUUUGAUUUCGACCAAAAUGCCCAAUCACAAUCUCAACCACUCAUUCACGAGGAUUGAGACGAUUCCCGAUAUUUCAGCAUUGAGUGAUCAGGUUAAGAGUUGUUUUUCUUUUAACGAGUUUAACGUCAUCCCGAACCAUGAUCUGGAUUUAAUUAUACGUGAUGAACCAUUCUGGCAUUUUAAUCCCUGUUCCUUCAUUUCAAAAAAAAUAAUCAAGGAAUCCGACAACGAGGCUAACCAAAAGAUUACUUUGAUAAAACCGCCUUAUGAACAAAUCUUUCCUAAAUUUCAACUCAUACUACAUCCUAUCAUCUUCCCACAACCAAUCGAAAUGCCAGAACUGGAAAUAUUUGAUUUGGACUGAAAAUUUACCAAUAUUUCGAAAAAUAUAUAAAUAUCUAUUUAUUUUAAAUGGCGAUAAAAAUAAAUAAUUUAUAAUAGAAUGAUUAGCUUAGGGUAAAGAAUCCUAUGAGGUUGGGAAAUAGGGAUUUCAGGAUUUCUAUCUGCCUGUCGAGGGAGUUAAUGCCACCAAUGAAUCAGUUGUGUAUAAUAUUUUUAAUUUUAUUUAUUAUAACAAUUAUCAAAAUAUAUUAUAAUGUAUUUUGCGUUUA